UAAACUUCAAAACUUGGGUGAAACCUUUUUGGUUGGGUGGAUUUUUUGGAUUUUUAUGAUCAAAAACCUAAAUUUAGAAAAAAAAGAGCUAUUUUUGAAUUUAUCAAAGGGUUUUUAUUGAGUAAAUCCAAAAACGGGGUUUAAACCAACAACACAAUGGACACCGGGGACCCUACCGUUAAAAGCACGCGGCAGAAGCUCUUGCUUCGCAUGAAGUUCAAAUACUGCGUAAGGCGUGUCAUUGCGAAUAUUUUCUGGUUGGAAGACGAGGGACGGGUAGUUCGAAGGAAAAGUGAAGCUAUGGACAAGCGGCCAUAUUUAAACUUUGAAACUAGAGUUUCCCUAUGCCAGAAACCCGAAGGGCGUAGUUCCACAGAUAUCGACAACAUCGUAAAUCUUUUAAUGCAAAUCAAAGAUUUUCGAAGAUUUUCAUUUAAUUUUACUAAGUUGGCUAGACACGUCGAAUACCAAACCGUACAAAGUCAACGAAUAAUCAUCCGAGAAAAACACAUCGCGGACGCAUUGUAUGUUAUUUUAUCAGGCGACGUGGUUGUUACCGCCACAUCCAACGAUACUCAAAGAGUUCGGUCCACUCUACACGCUGGAACCAUGUUUGGUGACUUUGCCUUGAUAUAUGACCAACCAAGAUCUGUUUCUAUAACAGCUAUAACAAAUGUAGAACUUUUGGUGAUAACAAAAGCAAUCUUCAACCGUUUCAUCAGAGAGACCUUACGCUCCCACUAUUACCUCAUAAACAAAGCACUUCUAAAGUUUCAAUACUUCAGCAGUUUUGAUCAUCGUGAUAUCGCCGAAAUAAGUUUCUACGGCCGAGUCCAGCAAUACAAAAAAGGCGAAGUGAUUUAUUCCAGCCGAACAAACGAAGACAUGACUUGUUUCAUCCUGGAUGGCACCUGUGACAUCAUGGAAGUGCUUCGUGUCACACGUAAAGUCGACGUCAAAGGCAAAGAUCACUUCAGUCACUGCCGAAGUGAGAGUUAUGGCAGAUCCACCGUUUCGGAAGAUCAACCCACCGGACUAGUGGGCGCUCCAAUUCAACGCUCAAGCAGUGUGAAAACCAAAUUUUAUCAUAGAGCAACCGUAAACGAAGAUAACUGGCAAUUGUCACAAUUAGGAGCCAAUCAGAAACGAGUUAGUUCUCCGGAGAGUUUCAUCGGAAUGUUUCAGGAUGCGAAUCGAUUUUCCCAACGGAAAUCCAUGUCGGUUUAUCGGGGAAGUAUGGUGUCCAAUAGCGAGAAAAAAACAUCUUAUGAAUUGUAUAAAAUGCGCAGGAGUUACGUUCGUAAUAGUGUAACCAAUGUAGAACCGCACUAUAUGAAUAUCGGAACAUUCUUCGAAGCUUCCUGUUUCAACAUCGGCGAGAAUCUGGACAGUCGAUGUAUAGUCGCUAAUGUAAACAUGAAAGUCUUAGAAAUACCACGAAAAGUCUUGCUUAGACAACAGUCUAUUGUAUGGGAAGAAGUAAAACGUAUGUUAAACUAUUACGUACCUACGAGUCAGCAAGUUUUCACUAAAUUCCUCAAAGAUCGCGCGUAUCGCGAGUGGAAACGUAAAUUAUUAUCUGAAAUAGUCACACCACAAAUCCUCCGGAAGUCAGGGAAUCACUUAAGUAAUGUUCCGUAUUCAAUCCGAAUUCGGAAUGACUUUGACCUGACCGAUUACUACCACAAGAUGCGUUUUUCCACGUACUGAUGUAAUAAAUUUAUGCAAAAUUUAA